CGUGCCUACAUAAAAAAAAGUUAUACACAAACAACAUGGUGGAUCAGCUGUUUUCGUUUUUCUCAAAUCUGAAUUUGUUUUCAUAAAACGACGCCUUGAUAUGGUAUCAUAGCCAUGUGUGAAUUAAAAUGGGCUCAAUCGCAUCGGUGCUGCAAUGGCAUUGUCAGACGUGCGGCCAGAUCAACCCAACAGAGAGUGUGAAGUGUUUAAAAUGUGGUACAAAGCGAGUAUCGAGUCAUGACAGUGAAGUAUUUAAAGAAAAUUGUCGAGAUUCAUCACCGGAAUAUACCUCGCGAACUGGAAAAAGCGAAGGAACUACACCUGGCUCCGAAGCGAUCGUCAUACCAACUGAAAAUAGCUUUAACAGCGGAUGGUCGUGCGUGGGUUCGGCCCCGGAGGCGUCGCGCGCGUGGCGCUGCGCUUGCGGGCUGCGCAACGUGUCCGCGGCCUGGCGCUGCGCCGCCUGCGACGCGAUCGCCCCACAUGCGCCUGUCUACAGGCUGUCUGAUGAUGAGGAUCAAGCUUCAGGGAUGACGGACAAGGAAAAGUCUGCUAAAGACAACACUAUGAUAAGGUCCAACACCCUAGCAGUCCCAUCAUCUUAUAAGCCCACAACAAGCUACUCAGAUGGCAGACGACUGAACCUAGAUUUGCAGUCUCUCCGACUAUCCCCCACGCAGUUGACGGACCAAGCGCAUGGCGUGACUCGCUCCUUAUCUCACGGCUCCGUCAUCAAUUCCCAGCAGAAGUGGUGGAAAGUCGACGAGAGUGGACGAGGGACCAUUAACAGACCCACGAGUUUAAUGGUCUCCGAAAGAUACGGCCAGUGCAAUCCCCGAGAGUCGUUCCUCAGAAGCCUACAUACGGUCACCAGAAGACCCAAAAAGUGUAACGAAAGCAAGUCCAAUUGGGAGCUCAAUUAUGUCAAAGAGUACCAAAGGGAACAAAGUAGGGGUCUGCAUUUGAAGAAGUGGUCAUGUAGUAAGUGUACACUGGAGAAUUCGGGGAUCAGGACGCAUUGUGAAGCGUGUCUGUCGCCUAGAGUGUCGCCUUUAGCGAGGAUUCCUAACGCGAGAGGUCUUAGUGUGACCACUUUGGGCAGGCAUGAGACUGCGGCGGGCAAAGAUGGUGCUACGUCACUGCCUACGUCUGGAGGCGUCAUGAUCACCGUCCCAGACUGGCCAACAGGGAGUACAACGCUAGGAGCGUCAUUCAGAAGGUCAAUUAGCGCACAAAACUCGCCAGAAAUCCGCCCUACGUACCGACGGUCUUUUUCAGAACAAACAAACGCGGAAAGACCAGUCGGAAAAGUUAUUUCUAGCCGGAGAAGUCUGAACGACUAUCAGAAGUCUUUAGCUAGUUACUGCGGCAGUCUACCGAAGACUGACGUACGGAAAGACCCGAAGAUAGACGAGAACAGUGCCGAAUUGAUAGAUAAAGAGUGCAGUUGGGAUACGAACGCGGAAGGGGUGAUUUACGCUCUUCCGAACAAAGGGAAGUAUAAGGACUUGAAUCUUCAGCUGCAAGUGAACAAUAACGGGACGAGGUACUCCUAUGUGUCGGUUCAGGACACGAAGACGGUGAUGAGUAACUCGCAGAACGAGGCUUUGUACCAAAACGACAUAAGUGACGGUGACUAUGCUCGCAUAGACGAGUUGUUAGGUGCUGAGAACUGCAUUUCGCCGGUGAAUGAAGUGGCUUCCAAUAUAAGGACGUCGCAUAUAGGGCCGGCGAGGGAUCCUAAGGUGUUUAACAUGCUCCCUUCUGUGGGCAAAGUGUCCCAUAACCCGAGGGAGCCGAACAAAGUGCCUUCAACACAGCAAGCCACUCGUGAGAGCCGCAUGUGGCAAUGCAGCGAGUGCUGGUUCGCGUACAACGCGUGGUGGGCUCGGUGCUGCGAUGUCUGCCGCAGUGGCCGUCCGCCUCACGCCGCCGUCACGCUAGCCACUAGAGAUGUUGUUGAUGCUCCACAUAAUAGUGCGCGACCAACAAAUACCACAUCUGAAGCAUGCAGCAGUAAGGUGGAGAUAAACAGAGAGCCCAAGAAGCUGACCGUGCCGAUCGCCUCGCUAGAUCAUGAUCUGAACAGUGACGAGCUGCUGUUUGCUGUUGAUACAACCCCGGCCCCCACUGUCCCAGUGGUGACGUGGUCGUGUUCGCGGUGUACGCUCGUCAAUGAGUCCACCGCCGCGUCCUGCGCCGCUUGCGCAGGCUCCAGACCGCAGCCGCAUAACUUCUGGUCAUGCAGUUCGUGUACUCUACAAAACCCGUUAUCCGCGAGUUUAUGUCUGGCGUGCAAGACGCCGCCCGUACCCAAGCACGGUCUUACUGUACCCGUUACUGAAGCUAAUCAUGGCGCUGCGGGUCGCAGUCCGUCCCCGCGCGGCGGCGGGCCCGGCGGCGGGCCGGGCGGCGGGCCGGGCGGCGGGCCGGGCGGCGGGCCGGGCGGCGGGCCGGGCGGCGGGUCGGGCGGCGGGCCGGGCGGCGGGCCGGGCGGCGGGUCGGGCGGCGGGCCGGGCGGGGCGGCGCGGCGCCGCGCGGAGCGGCGGCCCGACCCGCCCGAGCCCAAGUACGUCAACCUCAGACCAGAAACAACAGAAUGGCCAUGUUCAGAAUGCACGUACGUGAACAGUGGUUCUGCGGCGUCGUGUGAGAUGUGCCAGUCGCCUAAGACGAGGCUGUUGCCGGCAGCCCCAGAUCAACCGUCCUUGGAUGAUGAGGAUUCUCCUGAAGGAUCAGACGGAGAAAGACAAGAGAGUACUCCUAUGGAAAUAUUGAGACUGAGCGAAGAGAGUCACGCGUGGACGCAAUGGCAAGAAGUUUUAGCACAGUGUGCCUCGACGGGAGAACCAUACGUAGACUCAACAUUCCCGGCCACAUCUCGGUCUUUAUACUACGUGGGAGGCUUGGAGGCGGGAGCGGCAGCGCGGUGGCUGCGGCCUCAUCAGAUACACGUAGAUGCCGACCCUCGGAUGCCGUGGGUCGUCUUCCGGGAUCCACGACCUUCGGAUAUCUCGCAAGGCGUCCUCGGCAACUGUUGGCUACUAUCAGCUCUAGCCGUCCUCGCAGAACGUUCGUCGUUAGUACGCGGCGUAGUGGUACGCGGCGAGCCGAGUGUCGGCGCGUACCAGCUCAGACUCUGCAAGGACGGGAGAUGGCUUACUGUUACUGUCGAUGACUUACUGCCGGCUAAUAAGAAAGGACACCUUGUAUAUUCUCAGGCAAAAAGAAAACAGCUAUGGGUGCCGCUAAUAGAGAAAGCUGUUGCUAAGUUACAUGGAUGUUACGAAGCGUUAGUCUCAGGAAGAGCUAUUGAAGGUCUAUGCACACUGACGGGUGCUCCAUGCGAGUCUGUCUCCCUACAAGCUGGUGGGGCGGGCGGCGCCGGGGGCGGAGCACCCCUGGAGCAGUUGGACCGAGACUUAGUAUGGGCACAGCUGUUGUCUUCUAGACAGGCCUGCUUUCUUAUGGGGGCUAGCUGUGGCGGGGGUAAUAUGAAGGUGGACGAAGAAGAAUACCAACGCCUCGGCCUCCGCCCCCGCCACGCGUACUCCGUGCUGGACGUGGCGGAGGUGUCGGCGGAGGGCGCGGGCCCGGCGCGGCUGCUGCGGCUGCGCAACCCGUGGGGGCACUACACGUGGCGCGGCGCGUGGGGCGCGGGCUGCGCGCGCUGGACGCCGGCCGCGCGCGCCGCGCUGCGCCAGCUCAAGCAGCCACACCAUAUUGAUAGGGAUCAGGGCGUCUUCUGGAUCAGUUUUGAUGAUGUGUUGAAAUACUUCGACUGUAUAGACAUAUGCAAGGUCCGUGUGGGCUGGCACGAGGUCCGACUCGCCGGAAUCCUGCCUCCCAUGUCCUCGACCCGACACCUGACCUGCCUGCUGCUGACUGCCAGCCAGCCUACUGAAGUAGACUUCACGCUCUUUCAAGAGGGACAGAGAAACUCAGCGAAGAGUCAACGAUCGCAGCUAGACUUAUGCGUGGUCGUAUUCCGUACGAAGUCGGGACCUAGUGCGCAAGUUGGGAAACUGGUUGCGCAUAGCAAAAGACAGGUACGGGGCUUCGUCGGCUGCCACAAGAUGUUAGAAAAAGGCUUCUACCUAGUAGUAUGCCUGGCCUUCAACCACUGGCACACAGGCCUAGAACUAGCCGACAGUUCGGCCUGGCCUAGGCACGUGUUAGCCGCCCAUUCGUCCAAGCCUCUCUCUGUAGAGAGGCCUUCAUUACACCCGCAUAUACUGGCCGACGCGAUAAUAGGCCUGACGCUAGCGAGAGGCCAGAGGCAUGAAGGGAGGCAAGGCAUGACUGCCUAUUAUUUGACUAAGGGCUGGGCAGGUCUAGUAGUGAUGGUAGAAAACCGUCACACAGAUAAAUGGAUUCACGUGAAGUGUGAUUGUCAAGAGAGUUACAAUGUGGUGUCCACUAGAGGUGAACUCAAAACUAUCGAUUCCGUGCCACCUUUACACAGACAAGUAAUCAUCGUGCUAACACAACUGGAAGGCAGUGGCGGAUUCAGUAUCGCGCACCGGCUGACGCAUCGCCUGGCCGCCGGGGCGCGUCUGCAGGACUGGGCCCCGCGCGCCACCGACGAGCCGCGACACCGGCCCCCGCUGGCAAGACGACUCUACGGCCUGCAUGCACCCCGCCUCAUCACAUAGGGGGCCCAUAUACAUCCCUAACUCCGCCACUGAAUAUGAAGAACAUCAUGAUCCCGAGCUUGCUCCCAACUAUGUUGGGGUCGGCUUCCAGUCUAACCGGAUGCAGCUGAGUACCAGUGUCCCGCAAGGAGCGACUGCUCUAUCUGAUCUCCUCAACCCAGUUACCCGGGCAACCUGAUAUCCCUUGGUUAGACUGGUGUCAGACUUCUCCUCUAACUCCGGUAUUAAAAGAUGAAGAUCGUUUAACAUUGUCGUAAUAUAAUUGACUGUAUUGAUAUUUAAAUGCAAUUUCAAAUUAACUAACACAGCUAUGCGAAACAACUGUAUACAAAAAUUAUGUUAAUUGAUUUUAGAUUCUAUUUCAAUAGAGAAAGAGUCUAUAAUAGUUUGACAAUGAAAAAAACUCGGCGCUGAACUUCGUGAACUGUCAGUCGCUACUUACGUCGAUAAAGAAAAAAAAAACUUGGCAACGAAAAAUGUAUACUUAACAUCAUUGAUCAGUGAACUAAAAUUCAGUAAUAGUCUUAUGAUUUAUUUUUUGACAUACGUCCCUUUCGUAAAAUUGGGCACAUUGGAUAAUAAAAGCGGUUUUUAGCGCUCAUUUUACUCGACCUCACUCACAAAUACUGAUACUACUGGAAUAAGUAAAUUCUCAUUUUGAACUGCAAUGGUAACUGCCAUACAUAGGUGCUCGAAACAUUACCAAAAAAAAAUGUGUGCUAAAAUAAUACCUACUCAUCUUUGAACGAAAAUUUGAGCUUUCGUUAAUGUAUGCCAUUUUCAACUUUAUGCCAAUUGCUUUAAAUACAAUUUAGAGGCAUACCAUUUGAAAGGAAGCGUAAAAAUAUGGACAUAAGAGUCAUUUUACUAUGAACCCAAAUAUGAACUACCAACUGAAGAAAUAAUGUAUUGAAUUGACAGAAAGAAAUUAUACGUACGGAAGUAAACUUAAAGGAUUGCAAAAAUGACUUACUUAUGUAUGUGUUAAGAUACACAAUAGAUAAACAAAUGAAAUAUAAAACUUUGGACUUCACGUGAAUUUGUACCAAAUGUAACAAUGAAGCAGAUAGAAUCAGUUUCUUAAAGUAGAAUUUGCAAAAAUCAGCUUUAACUAUAAAGGAAUAUGAUCUAAUUACAUUUGGUACUUUUGACGAAAAACUUAAAUAGUUACAUACUAGGCCUAUAUCGCUAAAGACACAUAAAAUAGCUAAGUAUUAAUAUUUUUUCUACUACACUAAAAUAUACUCCUAGAAAUUACACUUCCGGCCGAAUAAAUGUAAACUGUAUGCAUUUUUAUUCAAUUUUAUAUUCAGCCGGGUUAAGAUAUAUGCGAUAGAAAUGCGAAACGCACCGAGUGUUAUUUUGACAGAAACUAGUAUAAGUACACAGUUGUAAUAAAAAAUAAAUAAAAUUGUAGAUUUCGCAAUAAAUCUAGUGAGAUGUACUUAGGUAUUUGUUUGUUUUUUCUAUUUAUUUUACAAAAGCGUUUUGCGAAAUUUACAUUUUUUGCUAACGAUAAGGAUAUAUCACGUAGAAUGUAAAUUUUAAGGCAUUAUCAUUAUUGUAUAAAAAUCUCUUGUAAAAAAGGCAAUGAUUUUUUUAAUCAUUAAUGAUAAAAUAUCGAUCGUUGUAACGUAGUUGUUAUUUAUACCUAAAUGUAAAACUUAAAAAAAUCACGUUCCGAGUAUGCGAAUCUCACUGACCGAUUGAGUGGCAAUCCCUAGUUUUUAACGCCCAAAAACAUAGAAUUACGACUGAUACUAGAUUUUUACAAAUUUUACUUUCCUAAUGUUCAUAAUUUUUUACUAAAAUUCUCUUGAAAAUGUUGAAAGGUUUGAUUAGAUGUGAAUCCUCUUUGAUAUAAAAAACUAUGUUUAAUACAAAUAAAUAUUAAUUUAGAUGAAUUAAUUAUGCUAAAUUAUUAACUUAGCGUGCGACAGUUAUACGUUAUUAAGAAAUGCUUGUAUGUUUGUUUAAUUAGAAAACCUUUGGUAGACAAAAACAUAAUAAAUUUCAGUCUUCGCAUUAGAUCUAUUGAUUUAGUUAGGAUAUUAAUAAAAUUUAAAUUUCUUUGCUGUGGGACCUAAAUUACAUUCCCUGACAGUGAAAUUAAUGAAUUAGGAUUUUUUAAAUAUGAAAUUUACUUUUUUUUUUAUUUGAAAUUUUGCGUGAUUGGAUCUGAUCCACUGGCUCGUUUUUACACUGUGUGUUAUUAAAAGUCUUCACCAAGCGUUCCGUACUUAGUAAGACAAACAAAAUUCAUGAUUUUGUACGUAACUUAAAAUACAGUCAGCAGCACGGAAUCUGGCCCAAGCACAUUUGGGUCCUACAUUGGUUAUUAUAACCAAUAUUUAAAUGAGAAAUCGGACUUUUUUCUAUCUUAUCUUUUCAAUUCUUUUUUUUUUUGGAACGUGCGUAGUACUUUAAAUUCUAUCAAAAUUUAAACUUAACUUCUGCUUUGUAUGAAUUAGAAUUUACAACAGGUAUCUGGGCUGAUAUCUGCUUGUUUUUGUUUGGACCAAAUUCCGUGCCGCUGAGUGUACAUCGUGUAAAUAUUAAAACCGCUUUACUAACUAGACGUAGGUUUGUAAUCUGAAAUGUUAAAUCGCUCUUACAGUCCAGUUUUAUGUGCAGUUGACAGCUGCCAGUUUGACAAUUGACAGAAACUGUCAACUGCACUAAACACGGUCAGAAUGUACUUUAUUUUGCACUGAAGUGUAAAAAGACAAUUGAUAUUUUAUUAUUUGAAGAAGGUAUUAACUUUCAUUCCACUAAUACUCAUUAUUUUAAAAUUAAUUGUUAUUUUUUAAUUUAAAUAUUAAAAUGAAAUCUAGUGAUGCUAAUCUUGCCAUUACUUUGCUUUACAACGAUAUUAUUAAUGAUUAUUAUUAUUUGAAUAAUCGGUAUUUUUUUAAAUAAAUGUUUUAAUUUUUGACUGUUUUUACUUUUAAGUGGCCUAAGUGCAAGAUUCGUGCAAUAUUAUAAAUGAUGUUAUCUCACGUGGAUUAGUGAGGACAGUUUACACUUGCUGGCACAAAAACUGCACACCGGGGCGUGUGUUGUUAUGUCCAAAGUUAGUAGUUGACAAAAAGUAGUCUCGAAAAUGUAAUAAAAAAAAAACAUAAAAUAAAAACUUUUUGUUAAUAUUAUGACAAUUACUAACUAUGGAUUGUAUUCGCGCUGACUAUAAAUAUAAAAAUAGUUAGUAGUUUUGGAUCGCAUAGUGUUUUGAUAUUACGAUAAUACCGUGCGUCACCGGUUCUAUAGAUACACGGCUGUAUAUUUUUACACUUGUGCAUCAUCAAUAAUAAUAUGUAUACAUUCACACGUUAAAAUCUCCAUAACUAUGUAAACUGUAUACUUCUAGAAGUGGCUAGUUUCAGUGCACUGUAAAUUAUAAUAUAGACUCAUUUUAUUUGUCUUGCAGUGUAAAUUAUCUGGACACAGUAUCAAGUCUAGAAAACUCUUUGAAAAAUCGAAAAAAAUAAACUACUUUUUUUAAGUUCGUAAAAAUAUUUUUAGAGUGCGUUGGAACUAGGCACAUUGUCAUCUUCCAUACGUUUCUUACAUCUUAACAUUUUUGUAUAACUAUUUAAAGGGAUAUAGUGUUUUCUUUUAUUACAUUUACUUGUAAAAUAGUGCCAUAUUUAAUAUAUUGAAAAAAUGUAUCCCUUUUAUUUACGAACGCUUCAUUUGUGAACAGUUUUAUGAAAUUUUUCGAUUAAAGUAAUGUUUGUGCUCAAUACAUUUGUAAAACAUAUAUUGACGACAUGGUUUAACUUUAAGCCUUUGUACCAGUGAGAAAAUUAGACUUAUUUUACCCAUUUGUCUAUAACAUAAAUCACCUUAUUAUAAAACGUGGUUUUAAAAAGUAACUUAUUUAGUACUAGGUAGUUUCAACUGUGUUCGAGACGGUAGUUUAUACCUAGUACUAAAGCCGGUACUUUCUUAGGACCACGUUUUAUAAUAAGGUACUUAGACACAAAAUAAAAUAGAAUUUCUAUUUAAAUAUUUAUUGACUCUCAUAUUUUUUGCAUUUCCUCUUAUCAAAAUCAUCAAUAUUUAGGUUUAAAAUCAUCUUUAUUAUAAUUUCGUGAGUCCAAUGUACAAUUUUUAUUUUUAACGAAUUAUUUAUUACGGUGUGUCGAUAAGAGUGCACUGCAGUGUAUGAGAACUUUUUGAUAACAAUUUUAUUUAAUACUGUGUAAUUGUUUUUGUGUAGCAUAAAAGACGCUUAUUUUCAUGUUAGUCGUACGAGGAUGCAUGUUAAACUAUUUAUGAUAAGGUUAAGUAAAUAAAAUUAUUUAAAUUUG